GCACAUAAAAUAAUUCAGCCUGAAGAUCGCUGAGAACAGUACGUACAGUCGAAUAACUACAGCUUCUUCUUUCAUUUACAGACCCUCUUGCAUUCGUGUCAAGACCACUUUCGCCACCUGAAGCAUCAUGUCUACUGAGAAGUGUUUUGCUGGAGGAAGUGCCGCCCCGGGUCGAGUCCCAGAAGGCAAAAUCAGAAUUUACAGCAUGAGAUUCUGCCCCUUCGCCCAGAGGGCCAGAUUGGUGCUGAGUGCCAAAGGGAUAAAGCAUGACACCAUCAACAUCAACCUGAAGAACAAACCGGACUGGUUCCUUGAGAAAAAUCCUCUUGGUCUUGUUCCAACACUGGAGACACCUGCUGGUGAGGUGAUAUACGAGUCUCCCAUCACCUGUGACUACCUGGAUGAAGCUUACCCUCAGAAGAAGCUGCUGCCUCCCUCUCCCUUUGGUAGGGCUCAGCAGAGGAUGAUGUUGGAGCAUUUUUCCAAGGUGGUACCAUACUUCUACAAGAUCGCAAAUGGGAGGAAGAACAGCGAGGAUGUCUCAGGACUGGAAGCUGAACUGAAAGAGAAGUUUGGCAAACUGAAUGGGGAGCUGGGUAAAAACAUGUUCUUUGCUGGUGAUUCCGUCACAAUGAUCGACUAUAUGAUGUGGCCAUGGUUUGAGAGGCUGGAGCUCUUUGGACUCAAAUGCUGCCUUGACAGCACACCUGAGCUGAAGAAGUGGACCGAGCGCAUGUUGGAGGACGAGGCAGUCAAAGCCACCAUGCACAGUGUGGAAACCCACAGGGCCUUCUACAAGACCUACGUAGAGGGGAACCCAGACUACGACUAUGGCCUGUAGAAAUCAAAACAAGUCCUCAAAACUUAAACCGUCCCAUUCAUUAUUCAUAUUUGUUUUGGUUAAGGUUAUUCUUGUGUUUUGUUGUUUUUCUACAUUGAUAUAAUAGCAAAAUACCCUUUAGCAAACAUCAUGUUGGGUUUACAUUAAAGGGACACAUAGGAGAGGAUUUUUUUACUUUGUGAUUAAUAAGAAGGAGGUACAAUCAGGUAAAUAUGAAUCAAGGUGUUUUACUAUUUUUAAUAAAGAUUUUUAAUGACUU